AUGAGCAAGGAGGAGCUGAAAAAACCUAUUGAGGCUCAUGAGAAAAGGAUGGAGGAAAGAAAUAAUGAGAAGGCAAAGACGGAGAUCGCUUUGCAAGCUCACCUCAAUGAGAAGGACAAGAGAUCAAAAGGAAGAUGGCACAUGAAAAGUAAAGGGAAUUUUCAGAAUUAUGGUGGAAGAGAGUCCCAAAGUUCCAAGAAUUCGACUUGUCAAAGGGGCGAAUACAGCAGCAGCAGGCUGCGGGACAACAUCAACAAUAAUUCUGGAAAUGCUGCAAAAACAGGUUAUAACCGGUUACAUGAAAGUUAUAACCGGUUACAUGCAGAAGAAAAUGUCAUGGUGAUUAUGAGAAAAGGAAUCCAAUGCAACAAAGAAUGGUAUUUGGAUUCCGGUUGUUCUACUCAUAGUACAGGGAGGAAGGAUUGGUUUAUUAAAAUCAAUUGUGCCAUGAAGAAUAAAGUGAAGUUUGCGGAUGACACCACUCUAGCAGUCGAUGAGAUUGAUGAUGUUUUGAUCAUGAGAAUGGAUGGUGGACUCUCUUUGAUCAAAGAUGUAUUGUAUAUUCUAGGAAUCAUAUGUAACCUUUUAAAUAUAAGCCAAUUUCUUGAGAAGGGUAACAGGAUUCACAUGGAAAACAAGGGGUUGCGUGUUAUGGAUGUAAGUGAGGUUUUGGUCCUUAAAGCUCCUAUGGAUGCCAAUAGAACUAUCAAGUUUGAACUGAAGGUUAUGGAGCAUAGAUGUCUUGCUAAAGAGGUAAGUCAAGAAGAUUGGAUGUGGCACUAUCAUCUUGGGCAUCUCAACUUCCCAGAUCUCAAAGACUUGCAAAAGAACGGAAUGGUAAUGGGGUUUCCAUUGAUCAACAUAUCGGCUGAAAUUUGUGGAGAAUGUGUGUAA